UGAUUGGUUAAUCACUGGGUGCCUAUACAUAUCCCGGCAUCCUCUGGGGUAGCUCGCUCUUUUCCAUCGGCCAUCUUCUUCCAGAAGGGUUUCAGCCCUUCAAUAAGCAGUCAUGGCCCCAAGUCGAAAUGGAAUGAUUUUGAACCCCCAUUUCCAUAAGAACUGGCAGAAAAGAGUACGGACAUGGUUUAAUCAGCCAGCCAGAAAAAUCCGCAGGCGUAAGGCACGGCAGGCAAAAGCACGCCGCAUUGCUCCACGUCCAGUUGCUGGCCCCCUUCGACCAAUUGUUAGGUGUCCCACAGUCCGGUAUCACACUAAAGUACGGGCUGGACGAGGCUUCAGCCUGGAGGAGCUAAAGGCAGCAGGCAUUAACAGGAGAGUUGCACGUACUAUUGGCAUUGCUGUUGAUCAUAGACGCCGGAACAAGUCAGCUGAAUCUAUUCAGUGUAAUGUUCAACGUCUGAAGGAAUAUCGCUCUAAACUGAUAAUCUUCCCAAGGAAAGCUUCAGUUCCUAAGAAGGGCGAUUCUUCUGCAGAAGAAAUUAAACUGGCAACUCAGUUAACUGGACCAGUCAUGCCAAUCAAAAAUAUAUACAAAAAAGAGAAGGCCCGGGUGAUCUCGGAGGAUGAGAAGAAUUUCAAAGCUUUUGCAACUCUCCGUAUGGCCCGUGCCAAUGCCCGUUUGUUUGGAAUCCGUGCUAAGAGAGCAAAAGAAGCUGCGGAACAGGAUGUUGAGAAGAAAAAGUAAAAUAUAAAAUGUUAAACUAUUCAAUAAAUUUUUCUUUUUAAAAAGAAAA